AUGUGUGGACCAUUCAAGAGCCCGCAGGCCAUCCUGCGCCUGGUGGAAAUGAUCUUAAGCGCUUUGGCUCUCGCCGUGGUCGUGUUCAGGGGCAAGAUGGUGAACCCUUGGGGCAUCUGGUGCGAGUUCGUUUGGGUCUUCUGCUUCGUCGUGCCCACGGUCCUCACCGUGGUGGAGGCCAAGAGUUGGCACAUCCUCCUGGCCGCCUUCCUGCCCGGCUGGGACGACCUGUGCUGCGGGCUGACCGUGAUGUGCGCCCUGGUGGUCCUCUCGGCCACGGUGGCCUUUGCCGCCGUAUUCGUGUGCGCCACCUGCAUCUCCAGCAUCCUCUGCGCGCUCUUCUCCCUGGCUGCCACGGCGGUGUUUCUGGUAGAUGCCGUCAAACAGAGAAUGAAGCGCCCCAGUGGGUACCUGACCAGCCUGAGGGGUAUCCUCCGCUUCACCGAGGCCUUCCUGGCUUGUCUCAUCCUCACGGCCGCCGCCAGCCACUUCCUGGGCGUGGACUGGGCCUCGCGUCCCAUCGGCAUGAUGGUGGCCGUUGCCGUGUUUGCUCUGUGCCUCUUGGGCACCGUGGCCAUCAUCCUCCUCCACCUGCUCAGUCUGCUGCGGUGUCUGCUGUCGUUCGGGUUGGGUCUGAUGGAGCUGGUGUUCAACGUCAUGGCGGUGCUGUCAUAUAUCUGUGCUGUCGUUCUUUGGGCUUUUUAUGGCUACAGGCGCCGCUGUAUUUCCUGCUCGGUCAAAGACUUGAACACUGUCACAGUGGGGUCGAUUGUAAACCUGAUCCUUUACAAUGUGGAUUUGGUUUUGUCAGUCAAAGCCCGAUAGAAGUGUUGACUGUAAACAUGCCACCAAAUUUUUAGAAAAAAAAAAAAAAAAAACAGAUUUGGGCGUCCGGGUGGCGUGGCGGUCUAUUCCGUUGCCUACCAACACGGGGAUCGCCGGUUCAAAUCCCCGUGUCGCCUCCGGCUUGGUCGGGCGUCCCUACAGGCACAAUUGGCCGUGUCUGCGGGUGGGAAGCCGGAUGUGGGUAUGUGUCUUGGUCGCUGCACUAGCGCCUCCUCUGGUCGGUCGGGGCACCUAUUUGGAGGGGAAGGGGGAACAAGGGGGAAUAGCGUGAUCCUCCCACGUGCUACGUCCCCCUGGUGAAACUCCUCACUGUCAGGUGAAAAGGAGCAGCUGGUGACUCCACAUGUAUGGGAGGAGGCAUGUGGUAGUC